AUGGCGGCGGUGCUGGGCUCUGGCGACGUGGCGCAGGCGCGGCAGCUGCUGGGCAUGCUGCGCCAGGCGGGGCUGGAGGCGCGGAGUGGCCCGUGGCUGCCGGAGCUGCAGGGCGGCGAGCUGCAGAGCCAGCUGGCGCAGCUCGUGGCCGCCGAGGAGGAGCGGCUGCGGCAGCUGGCGGCGGCCACGGCGAAGGCGCGGGAGCUGCGUCAGGCCGCGGCGCGGCGGCGGGACGCCGCCGCCUGCGAGGCGCAGGACGCGGCGCAGAAGGCGCAGGAGGCGGCUCGGCAGGCGGAGGUGGCGCGGCGGGGCGCGCAGCGGGCGGCGCUCCGUGCGUUGGCGGAGGAGGUGGCGGACUUGGCGGCGAGCCUCGAGCUCCGCGCUUUGACCGGGGAGACGGAGGAGGAGGAGCCCGGCGCACGGGGGCUGGUUGCGGCGGAGCGCGCCCGGCGCCUUGCGCCGGACGGAGGCGGGGCGCUGGACGUGGGGCGCGAGCUGCGGGAGGUGGCGGAGGUGCUGAGGGCUUCCAAUGGAGCUGGAGGUGCCGCGGGGAGCCCAGACGUCGCGGAGCGGCUCCGGCGCUGCGCCGCGGGGCUGCGGGCCGCGGAGCCCCCGGGCCCGGGGGCCCCGGCGCCGCUGCCGGCGGCGGUGCUGGACAGCGCGGACGUGGGCACGCGCCGCGCGCUUCUGCGCCUCGUGGAGGAGAGGGACGAGUUCCACCGGGCACAGGCCAAGCACUUGGAUGUCGCUGAGAGGUACCCCGAAGGCGACACCUCCAGCUGCCUGUUGCAGCAGGUGGAGCAGCUGCAGAACGCUCUCGCGAGGGAGCGGCUCCUGUGCAGGUCCCUCCAGGCGGACCUGGAGACACAGCGCGCCCUUAACGGCACCGGGCUCUUCCUCUCGUAAGACGAGCCGGGUCGCUCCAACUCGAUGCGAAGUCUGGGAAGUCUGAGAGCGGAGGACGAGGAAGGAGGAUCGCUCGGCGGAAGGAGGCGGACGUGGCGUGAGACGGAGGUGACGCGUGUCCAAG